GGCAACAUAAAAAUGCAUAGUAUAUGUUGGUACUUACAUAUGCAUGUGUAGACAUGUAUGUAUGUAUAUGUCAAUACAUUGGUUUUUAUAUAUAAACAUGUAACAUUUGUGCUCUUUGUUGCUCUGAAUUUUGUACCUAUCCAUAUUUUGUCAUUAAUAAUUUAAAAAGGAGGGAAACUAUUGCAUUUGAAGGUUGGAUUAGUAACAAGAACAUUCCAAUAUUUAUUUGAAGUUAAUAGGUAUUUAGUAUUAUCAAGUGAUGAGGGAGUCUUGGAACUAGUCAAGAUGUGUGUGUGUAUCUAUAUAUUUGGAUAAAUGAGGAAAAUGUUGCACUAAAGGUACCAAUGUAUCAUUGUACAAGGCUAAUUCUUACUAAGCAACUUAUCUACAAGAUCCAAAAAGUAGCUGAAAGAAUUAAUUCUAUUGCUUUUUAUCUUAUCUGCACAAGAAUUGACGCCUCUCCAAGCCACCCCAUUUUUAAUUGAACCUGUCAUUAUCUAAGUAAUUCCUAGCAGUUCAUUCAGCAAGGAACAAAGCUGUCUUGCCUAAAAGCAACUCAACCAAAGAUGAUCGACUUGGUCUGCUGCAGUUUUGCAAAGAAAGCAUCUCUUUGGAAAAAAUUUCCCUGCUUUUGGAGGUUUCCAAUUAUUAGAAGUCUUCCACAAGAUGCGACACAAGCAGCAAAAGCAAAAAAAAAGGGCUACGUUAGUUGGGGCCUUUGUCUUCCAAAAUGAUUCUAAUAAAAUAUUGGCUAGAUUUCCAAAUGUGAAGAAGGAUGGGACCUUACUUGCUGGGAAGUUCAUCCAACCUGUUUUAAAGCUGUUAAAUGAUGAUAGUGUGGAGGCUGUAUGGGAAGGAGCAGCUAGUCUAUUGUAUACCAUUAUAACUUUCUUUCCAGCUGCCAUCCAUCAUUAUUAUGACAGGGCUGAAGCUGCUAUUGCUUCAAAAAUUCUUUCAGGGAAAUACAGUACUAGAACAUUAAAGAAACUUGGUUAUUGCUUAGCAUUACUUCCAAAAUCGAAAGGAGAUGAGGAUAGCUGGUCCCUAAUGAUGCAGAAAAUUUUGUUAUCAAUAAACGACCUCCUGAAUGAUGCUUUCCAAGGUGUAGAAGAAGAAGCUAAAUCUGAUGAAGUUAGGAGAUUAUUGGUUCCUCCAGGAAAAGAUCUGCCAUCUCCUUUAGGUCAUUCCCCAUUAGAAGGCGCCUCUCACGAGGCAACAAGGAGUUCUGAGAGCUUGCCUGCAUCAACUGUCUCUACUCUGAUAUUUUGCUGUUGUAAAAUGCUUACAAGUUCAUAUCCCAUUCAGGUGACUGCUCCAAUUCGUGCAAUGUUAGCUCUUGUUGAGAGGCUGCUGAUGGUUGAUGGUUCGUUGCCACACACCAUGUUGCCCUUUAUGACUGCCAUGCAACAUGAGUUAAUUUGUUCUGAACUUCCAGUCUUGCAUGCUCAUGCUUUGGAACUUCUCAUUGCAAUUAUAAAGGGGAUGCGCAGGCAACUAUUACCGCAUGCUGCAUACGUUGUGAGACUUGUUACGAGGUAUUUCAGGAGAUGUGCACUGCCAGAAUUGCGGAUAAAGCUCUAUUCAAUCCCUAGGAUGUUGCUUAUAUCAAUGGGUGUUGGGAUGGCGAUAUAUCUUGCACCGGAUGUCAUUGACAAUGCAAUCAAUGAUCUGAAUUCUUUUGGUGAUGAAGAUGUUGAAACAUCCCCUACAAACAUAGGACCCUCUACUGGAGCUUUGCCCCAGCCUAGCAAUAGGAAAAGAAAGCAUGGUACUAAAACUGGAUCUCCUGAAGAGAAACAAACAAUUAGUUCAGAAGUGGAAGCACUGAAUACGCAUCAAACGACUCCAAUUACUUUAAAAAUUGCUGCACUUGACACUUUGGAAGUUCUUCUCACAGUGGGUGGUGCUUCAAAAUCCGAGAGUUGGCGCUCAAGGAUUGAUAGUCUUUUGAUAAAGACAGCAACAAAUUCUUGUAAAAGGGGGUGGGGGAAUGAGGAAAACAACAAUUUUCUGCCUCAUGAAUCAACCUCAAUAUGGGUAGAUUUCCAGCUCUCAUCAUUACGUGCACUCUUGGCAUCACUCCUUGCCCCAGCUCGUAUCCGCCCACCAUUUUUAUCGCAAGGUCUUGAGCUUUUCCGUAAAGGUAAGCAAGAAGCUGGAACAAAGCUUGCAGGAUUUUGUGCCUCUGCGCUGUUAGCACUGGAGGUGCUUAUACAUCCUAGGGCCCUUCCAUUGGAUGAUUUCCCCUCUUCUUAUCAGACCUUUACUGAUGGAGCUAGCCACAGAUUCCCAGAAAAUAUGCCCUUCUAUGGUCAGAAGGGUGAUACCAUGUUUUCCAAAUCCAUGCAGGGAACAGAACAAAGUGCUCUCAAGUCAGAUGAUGAUGAUCUAUAUGACAGGUGGCUACAAAAUGAAAAUGAAAAUGAAAACAUCCCUAUCGAGAAUAUGAAUGAUAAAAGAUCAAGAUUCAACUUUGUAGAGAAACCUUGUGCAAAUGAUUCAUCAUUUACCAAUAUUUUAGAGGUAAGUGAACAAGAACUAGCAGCACCUGAUGCAGAUGUGCAUAUGAGAGGAAAGGAUGAAAUAAUGGUUCAACCCUGGCACUCUCAAGAAUCAAUUCAACAGACUCAAGAAAUUGUUUCUGCCAAAGGUGUCACAAGUCCUGUGGUCGCUAGAAAUCCUGAGGGCACUGAAAUAGAAUUUAAGGGGGCUGUUUCUGCCAGUGAUGGAUUAAACCAAACAGAUCAUGAUAUUGUGUCUGAUGUAUUGGCCGAUAAAGUUGAUGGUUUUGAUAAUGUUUGUGGAAACACAUCCUCGAUCAUAUCAAAUGUCGAGAAGGUUAAUGCAUCUGUGGCUCAUUUGGAUAGUGACUCAUCUAUGGACUCAUUUCCCGCUAUUGUUGAUGCUGAUCCAGAUACUGAUUCAGACUAGGAACUAGGGUCAGUAGAAUGAUAAUACUUGUACCAUUUCUCUGUUAAAUUGAGAAAUCCAUGUUAGAAAUAUUAAUGAUGUGAUCUUUGUGUUUGCCUUGUUCUGAUUAUUCUCACUUGCAAUCUCCCACAGUUGCGCUCAUGAAUAAACUAAGAGCAAGGCAAGGAGGAGAAGAGCGAAUGUUUCCUUUCUUUCUUUCAUUUGAAGUUAACAUUAGGUUUAGGAGAAUGGACAGUAUCAAUCAUGAGGCUAGAGGACUUGUAGUCGGAGGGGAUAACUGGUACGUUUGGAUUGACACAGGAGUCAGAAUUGAUAUCAAGAGAAAGUUUGUUCUUACCAAAAAGGAAAAAUAUUACGAUUGAUUCCUGUUGAGCCCGAGAUGUGUGGCCUUUGCAAGAAAGGAUGGUAAUCGAUUGAGCCACAAAAACAAUCAUUAACCCUCCAUUGGAGUAAUGGUUGUUGGGGUGACGAAAGGUGGUGCCAUGGGGAGGGUUUGAAACAUGAACAAAACCAUUUGAGAGCUAACAGAAGGUGCUGCAUUGUGAAGGGGUGGUGAGUUAGAGUUAUUAGUAGCUCUCACUUUGAAUUUUCCUUUUCACUCUGUAAACAAAUGGGAGAUAUUUUUCUCUGCAAUAAUUUAGUUGCACAACCACCUUCAUUAUUGGCA